AUGAACAGCAAAUUAAACUUGAAGAAUUCUCCGCCGUUCAUCUUGGACAUCCUGCCCGACAUGAUCCAGCACUUAAAGCUCAUUCACGCAUGCAACGACGACCACACGCUGCAGGCCAUCGAGUACUACACCGUCUUCAUGGACAACUUAUCAAAAAAACUCAAAAGUGGCCUUGAACUUUUCAAAUUCAACAAAGAUAGAAUGAGUGUUGAAAAUUCAGAAAAUCGGAAAAGUUUGAUAAAACUUUCCCUAAUUUUCUCUCAUAUGUUGUUUGAGUUGAAGGCCAUUUUCCCUGGGGGCCAGUACAUUGGGAGAAACUUCAGAGUAACAAAAAAUGACGCUGACGAAUGGUGGAAAUCUGCCUUUCAGGACAAGAUAAUAAUUCAGUGGAAACAGUUCCGUCAGUCGUUCAGUGAAGUGCAUAGGAUUGAUUCCGCCAUCGAAUGGGUCGCUCUGAAGUCCACCAUUGACCUCACCCUCAACGAUCACAUCUCCAUCUUCGAAUUCGACGUCUUCACUAGAUUAUUCCAGCCCUGGCGCACGCUGUUGAGUAACUGGAACCUACUGGCCGUUAACCAUCCAGCCUACGUUGCAUUCCUCACUUACGACGAAGUGAAAGCCAAACUUCAAAGCUACGUUGAUCGUCCCGGCAGGUACCUAUAG